AACACACUUUUUUCCACAAAAAUAUAAUCAAACUUUUACAUGAAAGCCACUACAAUUAAUUUAACACUUUUUCUAAAUUAAAACCAAACUAAAAACGUUCAUAUUUCCACCGGAAAUUGGAGCUCGCCUCUUCCGCCAGUGCCGUCGUCCAUCCAAUCAGCGUCUGUUCGAAUCUUGGUUUAUUCACUCGAGUCGCAAACCAAUUCCCUACACAAGUUGCAGAAACAAAAUUCCACCAGAUCAUAGCAAAAUAACUGACAAUUGUGAAUUGUUCGGCAACAUUUCUCUAACUGGUGUUCCUAUGGCAACAAUUGUCAUGUCAAUUGUAAAUAAAUAAAUAAAGUUCAAAAUCGAAACUUUCGUUUGUGUCGAUCUAUUUUCACUUAAUCAACUUAUUAGAUUCACUCUUUUCCGAAAAUAAAUGAGUGCCGUGGAGAGUGCUAGCUUUGGAUCAACGCUAGGAGAUGCAACGACCGGCAGAACCGUAUCCCAGGACCAAGAAUCAGAACCGGCGCUUUUACCGCCCAGCACAUACCAGAUUCGACCGAGUCUGUCAGAUACUUUUCGCGCGAACCGAGUCAAGGAAAUUAUCCAGACAGUUCUCACAGAGACUCUUCAAGAUAAAACCUACGACACCGCGGAGGCUGCAGAGUUAUCCAAACAAAUCGCUGAUCAAGUGAGCUCUUUGGUGCGGGAUUUGAACAUGCGACGCUAUAAACACGUAGUUCAAGUGACUCUAGGACAGCAGCUGGGAUCGGGAUGUCGGUACAUAGCAAGAUGCCGAUGGGACGCGGAGUGUGAUAAUCAGACGUCGGACGUGUUCACGAAUGCAUCGCUGUUUUGCAUUUGUACCGUGUUUGGUGUUUAUUUGUAUUAGAUUUUUAGUUAAUUGUUGGGUUUAAAUAAGUUAGGUAUCGUUAUUUAUGUGAAUAAAUGCUCUAAGGAAACA